UGCACUAGUACUAGUUCUAGUAGUACUACUACUACUUAAAUACUCCUUUUUCUUGUUAUUGUUUGUGUUUUUGUUAUUGUUUUUUGUUUUCUACAUAAUUGAGAAGAUCAAUAAUAUAUCAUCAAGAAAAAGAGAAAUUUAAUAACUUGGGGGGCAUUAAUGGAUCACGCAGGCGAAGCACAGAGGACAGACCUAAUGACGAUUACUAGACAUGUUCUUAAUGAGCAGUCGAAGCACCCUGAAGCUCACGGCGACUUCACAAUCUUGCUCAGUCACAUUGUUCUUGGCUGCAAAUUUGUCUGCAAUGCUGUUACCAAGGCAGGUCUUGCAAAACUCAUUGGACUUGCAGGACAGACAAAUACUCAGGGUGAAGAACAGAAGAAAUUGGAUGUACUGUCAAAUGAUGUUUUUGUCAAGGCUUUGAUAAGCAGUGGAUGCACUUGUUUGCUAUUACCGGAUUGGAUGAUUGUUUUGAUCUAUUUUGUGGAGCCAUCAAAGCGAGGAAGAUAUUGUGUUGUUUUUGAUCCACUGGAUGGUUCCUCAAACAUUGACUGUGGUGUUUCAGUUGGAACUAUCUUUGGGAUUUAUAUGGUGAAAGAUAAGGAGAAUCCAACUCUUGACGAUGCAUUGCAAUCCGGAAAGAAUUUGUUGGCUGCAGGUUAUUGCAUGUAUGGAAGCUCUUGCAUGCUAGUCCUUAGCACUGGAAAUGGCGUCAAUGGCUUCACGCUCGAUCCAUCUAUUGGGGAGUUUAUAUUAACUCACCCAGAUAUCAAGGUUCCAAAGAAAGGAAAGAUCUAUUCAACAAAUGAAGGAAAUGCCCAGUAUUGGGAUGAACCAACCACAAAGUAUGUUGAAAAUAGCAAGUUCCCUAAGGAUGGUUCAUCACCAAAGUCCCUAAGAUACAUUGGAAGUAUGGUAGCAGAUGUUCACCGUACUUUGCUUUAUGGAGGAAUCUUCUUGUACCCGGCUGACAAGAAAAGCCCAAAUGGGAAGUUGCGUGUUCUCUAUGAGGUAUUGCCCAUGUCUUACUUGAUGGAGCAAGCAGGAGGCCAAGCCUUUACCGGAAAGCAACAAGUAAACUUAAUUUGUACACAUACUUUUGUUUCUUUUGAAGGGUAAUAAAAAAAGAAAAAAUAAAAAAAUCCUAAUAACGAUUU